CCAAAGAGAUGAGUCCAGGAGUCUUUUUAAAACCGCCUUUUUUAUUAUUAUUUGUCCAUGUAUCACAUGACAUAUUGUUCAAGUAAAAAACUUUCCCUCCUCUGACCUCAGGCACAUUGGAAGAAUUAUCUGCUCUUCUCCACCAGGACAAAGGUGUGUUUGUGAAAGGACACAUUCCUGAGCGGAGCCUUCGCUGUUUACACAGAUUAUUCUCUCCUUCCUAUGGCAGAAAUACGAGAAAGGGUCUGUGGGGCAUGUGGGAAACUAUUGUCUGAACCCACUGUCGCACCACUAAGCCUUGUGUUGCUCUUGUCCUGAUGCAUUUUUUCAUAUCAUUCCGUGUUUCAAAAGCAGGAAGUGAUGUCACCGCCUGAGGCCCAACCCCUUUUUUACCUGAAGAGAGGGAAGGGCCACAGUAGAGUUAGACUAGGGGAAAAACAAGGAAGAGUUCACAGGCAGACAAGUCGGUGUGAAUGUUCACUUCUCAGCAGUGUGCCUUGGAGACAAAGACAAGAGGAGUUUACCCAGGUGGUGGGUUUCCCAACACAGAUAUGGAUGUUCCUGAUUCUCCCAACUGGAAUAUGGGGCUGUUAAGGACCUUUGAUUCCUCAGAGUUCAAUAGCUGGGAAAAGAUUGGAUCAGGCGGAUUUGGACAAGUAUACAAAGUCCGGCACAAACAGUGGAAAACAUGGCUGGCUAUCAAGUGUCCUCCCUGCCUUCAUGUGGAUGACAAAGAGCGGUCUGAGCUACUGGAAGAAGCUAAGAAGAUGGAGGCGGCCAAGUUCAGAUACAUCCUUCCUGUGUAUGGUAUCUGUGAGGACCCCCAGGGCCUGGUCAUGGAGUACAUGGAGACCGGCUCCUUGGAGACGCUGCUGGCCACGGAGCCGCUGCCCUGGGAGCUCCGCUUCCGUAUUAUCCAUGAGACCGCAGUGGGAAUGAACUUCCUCCACUGCAUGAACCCACCGCUCCUCCACCUCGACCUGAAGCCCGCCAACAUCUUGCUGGAUGCCCAUUAUCACGUCAAGAUAUCUGAUUUUGGCCUGGCCCGCUGGAACGGCCUGUCACGCGCCGAUGACAUUAGCCGAGAUGGCUUCUGUGGAACCAUUGCCUAUCUGCCACCUGAGAGCAUCAUCGAGAAGGACAGAGUGUCAGACACCAAGCAUGAUGUCUACAGUUUCUCCAUUGUCAUUUGGGGGAUUCUCACCCAGAAGAAGCCUUAUCAGGGAGAAAAUAACAUUCUGCAGAUCAUGGUGAAGGUGGUCAAAGGUGUGCGUCCAGACUUGGCAGCAGUACCACGUAGUCGACCUUCAGCCUGCAUGGGUUUCCUGAGCCUCAUGCAGCGCUGCUGGGCCACAAAUCCUGAGGCUAGACCCAGCUUCCAGGAGAUCACAUCUGAAGCUGAGGAGCUCUGCUCCAAACCACAGGAAGAGCCGAGGACCCCCACUUUAUCCACUUCUGAGCCAGAGCCCUCAUCCAACAAUGCUGUCAACUGUGACCAGGCUAACGACAACAAGCAGGUACGUCCAAAGUCUGCAAUGCUGCCAGAAAAAGAUUACAGCUUAUCAGAGCUGCUGAGCCAGGUCGAUUCCGGAAUCUCCAGGAGUUUUGAUCGAGUGAAGGAAGAUGGCUGCCACAGCAAGGAAAACACCAGCAAGAGGCUGUCGGGCAUCUCCUCUGCCGAUUCGGCUUUCUCCUCCCAGGACUCCAUCACGCUGUCUUUUGAGAAAGAAAGUACAUGUGAUUCUGCUGAGGUCCAGAAACGGAAACUGUGUGAGGCCAUCAGGACCAAAGACAUGGCCAAACUGAUGAAGAUCCUCCAGCCUCAGGAUGUGGACCUUCUCCUUGAUGGAGGAGGCAGUCUACUGCACCACGCUAUCACUUUGAACAACGAAGAGGCUGUCAAGUUCCUACUCCUGAAUAAUGCCAAUCCUAACCUAGCCAAUGCCCGUGGCUCCACACCGCUCCACUUGGCCACAGAGAAGCACCUGAAACUUCUGGCAGAACUUCUGCUCAGCCGCCGCAGCACCAACAUCAACGCAAAAGACGAAGACCAGUACACAGCUUUACACUGGGCAGCCCAAAAUGGGGAUGAAGCAAUCACAAGGCUGUUGCUGGACCGGGGGGCGGCCAUCAAUGAGACCGACGGCCAGGGCCGAACGGCAGCUCAUGUGGCCUGUCAGCAUGGUCAGGAGAAUGUCAUCCGUGUUUUGCUGAGCCGUGGUGCGGAUGUUCGGAUAAAGGGAAGGGACAACUGGACAGCGCUCCACUUGGCUGCAUGGCAAGGACAUCUGGGUAUUGUUAAGCUACUGGUCAAGCAGGCUGCGGCCGAUGUGGACGGCCAGACAACAGAUGGUCGCACACCGCUGCAUCUGGCAUCAAAGAGGGGCCAGUACAGAGUGGCAAGGAUCCUGAUUGAACUAGGUGCAAAUAUUCACAUUUUGUCUGUCGAGUUGAACACGCCACUACAUGUCGCAGCUGAGACCGGUCACACCAGCACUUCACGCCUUUUGAUCAAACACCAUGCAGAUAUUAACGCCCAAAACGUCCACGGCCUGACUCCUCUCCACCUAGCUUCCAAGCAAGGUCACCUGGCAACUGUGAAGAUGUUGAUAGAAGAGGGGGCCGACCCCUACAGAUCCAACCAUGCCCAUCACACUGCAUUUCACCUGGCAGCAGAGAACGGACAAAAUGAAAUCCUGAAAGAGCUGCUCCUCCACUGCCCCGAUGCUGAAUCCCUAUCGGACGAGGAGUUGCUCAGCGUUUUGCCCCCAGAAAUUCAGGCUAGAUACUCAGAAGUCGUUACGUCACUGGGGCCCAAAGAGGGCCAGGAUUUGGAUGUUGAGAAUUUGGUUCAGUCAGAAGGUGAGCCAUCUACCCCAACAGAGGCAAAGCAGCUCCAGAGGAAAGUGGUCAUUCUGAAACUGACGGAGCGUAGUGACAAUGACUGCCCGGAGGUCAGCAGCUCACAGUGUGCCCCAGCGAACUGCUAACCAGAGCAGGGACACGGAUAAGACUGUACACCACCAUGUCCUGUGUCACUGUUUAUACGCCACUGGUGCCGCCCAGUUAUCUCUGUUGGACUUUAAAAGCCUUUUGAGCUCAGUAGGUAAUUCAUACUGUUAGAAAAAAAAGUUAAUGUACAUAUGUAAACUGUGAAUAUAAGUAUAUAACCUUGUUUUGACUAUAGAUUUUUGUAUACCUUUUUUAUAACAAGCUAAUUUUUUAUGUAAAAAGCACACGUUUGUAUGAGGACAAUGGCCGGACCUGUGACAAUUAAGGGUUUUCUCACUGUACUGCACAACAGUGGGUUCCCAUGUGCAUUAUGUUUGGUCACAAGUCUUAAUAGGUGAAUGCUGUCCAAAGCCUGGCAUUUUUUUAAUAAACAGUAUUUAGAGUCCUGUACCUGUUACAUAUUAGUGCAUCAUCAUCCAUUAAAAUGUUAAAAAUA